GGGCGGUGGGUAGGGGUGUCUCCGCGCGUUCUCGCGUCUCGCGAGCGUUCAGGUGAUCGCCGGCCCCGCACAUCCCUGAGGCCGAGGGUGCAGCUGGGCUGACGAGAGCCGACACUAUGUUCCGAGCAGCGGCACCUGGGCGGCUCCGGUGGGCGGCUUCAUUGCUUCGAUUUCAGAGUACUUUGGUAAUAGCUGAGCAUGCAAAUGAUUCUCUAGCACCCAUUACUCUAAAUACCAUUACUGCAGCCAAACGUCUUGGAGGUGAAGUGUCCUGCUUAGUAGCUGGAACCAAAUGUGACAAGGUGGUACAAGACCUCUGUAAAGUAGCAGGCGUAUCAAAAGUUCUGGUGGCUCAGCAUGAAGCAUACAAAGGCCUCCUUCCAGAGGAACUGACACCGUUGAUUUUGGACACUCAGAAGCAGUUCAGUUACACACACAUCUGUGCUGGAGCGUCUGCCUUUGGGAAGAGCCUUUUGCCCAGAAUAGCAGCCAAACUUGAUGUUGCCCCAAUUUCUGACAUCAUUGCGAUUAAGUCACCUGACACAUUUGUGAGAACCAUCUAUGCAGGAAAUGCUUUAUGUACAGUGAAGAGUGAUGAGAAAGUGAAGGUGUUUUCUGUCCGAGGAACAUCUUUUGAGGCUGCAGCCACAAGUGGAGGCAGUGCCAGUUCAGAAAAGGCACCAAGUUCUUCGCCAGUGGGAAUAUCAGAGUGGCUUGACCAGAAAUUAACAAAAAGUGAUAGACCAGAAUUAACAGGUGCCAAAGUAGUGGUAUCUGGUGGUCGGGGUUUGAAGAGUGGAGAGAAUUUUAAGUUGUUAUAUGACUUGGCAGAUCAACUACACGCUGCAGUUGGUGCUUCCCGUGCUGCUGUUGAUGCUGGCUUUGUUCCCAAUGACAUGCAAGUUGGUCAGACAGGAAAAAUAGUAGCACCAUGCUCCUGCCCCAUCCCUCCCACUUCAGAUGGUUUUGAGAAAACUAAGGAAGAUAAACAGAUUGGAAAGGAACUUUAUAUUGCCGUUGGAAUAUCUGGAGCCAUCCAACAUUUAGCUGGAAUGAAGGACAGCAAGACAAUUGUGGCUAUUAACAAAGAUCCAGAAGCUCCAAUUUUCCAAGUGGCAGAUUAUGGAAUAGUUGCAGAUUUAUUCAAGGUAGUUCCUGAAAUGACAGAGAUAUUGAAGAAAAAGUAAAUCAUGGUCAUGUCUUAAAAAGGAAGUGUCAAAGUAUUCAGCUAAAAUCAGAAAUUCAUAAUUUAAGGAAAACAGUCUAACAGCCAGAAUGCCUUUGGUGCAGCAGUUAUUAUACUCCUUUUUGAUCAUUUGUGGUUCCAAACAAUUAUUUUGAAAAUUUCUAAUUCUGUAAUAAAAUCUAUAAUAAUA